AUGAACAACGUCACAGAUGCGAUCGAAAAGGUCAUGCCUCUCUACGACGUCGGCACACUCGACACAGACACCAUCGUCGACACGUACUACCACCCUGACGCGGUCUUUUCCGAUCCCAUCGUCACAGUCCACGGGCGCGACAAGAUCGCCGCGCAAUUCCGCGCGUUGAAAACCAUCUUUUACAGCUACACCGCCACGACAUUGCGCGCGUCGUUUGCCGGCGACAUCCUGACCAUCGAUAGCGUCGCGUCGGGGCGAUUUCGCCCGUUUCCCCACUACUUUGGCUGCUCGAUUCGCAUUUUCACGAUUCUCCACGUGAAAAACCACCAGGUCAUCUCGCACACAGACCACUGGGACCUCAAGUCGGUCGUCGAGAGCAUUCCCGUGCUCUCGUCGUUGUACCCAAAGGUCCGCCGCGUGCUCGGGUACUCGUCCACCAAAGUCAUCAACGUGCUGUCGCCGCGGCCAGUCCAUGUGGACCCUGUCGUCGAGCCGACUGACGACGGGGCAGCCAACUAG